UAUGCACACACACAAAAAAAAAAUCGAAAAUUGAAGGCAUGCAAGUACUAUUUACUAUUAAAUAAUAAUGUAAAACUAGCAACUAUGUAGUAGAAAAAUUGUGCUUCCUUCUUGUUGACUUGCUUUCUUCUGUUGUUGAUACUAACAAAAAUGGCUAAUGAUGAGGUGAUUCUGUUGGGUUUCUGGGCCAGUGUGUUCGGUAUUAGGCCAAGGAUUGCACUUGAAGAAAAAGAGGUAAAAUAUGAGUAUAGAGAAGAGGAAUUGGUGGGUUACGUCAAAAGUCCACUGCUUUUACAGAUGAAUCCUAUACACAAGAAAAUACCGGUUUUGAUUCACAAUGGAAAACCAAUCUGUGAGUCUUUUAUUGGAGUUGAGUACAUUGAUGAAGUGUGGAAGGAUAAAGCUCCUUUGCUUCCUUCUGAUCCUUAUGACAGAGCACAAGCUAGAUUCUGGGCUGACUACAUUGACAAGAAGUUGUAUGAUCCUGCAAAGAAGAUGCAUACAACAAAGGGAGAUGAGCUGGAGGCAGCUAAGAAAGAACUCAUAGAAGUCCUUAAAGUGCUGGAGGGAGUACUUGGAGACGAGACUUAUUUUGGAGGGGAUAACUUUGGUUAUUUGGAUAUUGCUCUGAUUGGGUUCUACGGCUGGUUUCUUACCUAUGAGACUUAUGGUAACUUCAGCAUAGAAGCUGAGUGCCCAAAGAUUGUGGCUUGGGGCAAGAGGUGCAUGCAGAGGGACACUGUUGCUAAGACUUUGCCAGACCAACAGAAGGUCCUUGAGUUUGCAAAACUUGUUAGGCAGAUGAUUGGACUUGAAUAAACAUAUGCUUAUGCAAUUAUGCAUCAUAAUGUAUUGGCAAAAGACACUUCAGUGUGCCUUCUUGUGUUGUUUUCUCAAGAUUUGAAAUGUUUGUUUGGUUAUAGUGUAAAUUCUACUUGUACUCGUAAUAAAGGGACUCUUAGCUUGCGUCCUGUUGAGGAUUAGCCUUUGUAGUCCUUGCUUCUAGUUUUGGGGCUUCUCCUCUCCGUAGUGAGAAGUGAACACUCUUUUUAGUAGCCCCAUCUACUGUAACAAUAACUACGUUUUAGUUCUAAACAAGUUGAGAUUGGCUA